AUGAGUUCCCGCAUCUGAGAUUGGACGAGUUUGUCGUUUUCCCUCAAUGCAUUAAUUUCCGCCGUUCGAUUGCCUUUUUCGGCUUUCAUCUUCGCCUUCCGAAUGCGAUUGCUUUUGUCAUCUUCCUUCCGUUAGAUGCAUGUAUCUGCCACGUCAAUUUUGGCGGAUGUAUUCAAUGCCCGUAGCUUUCAUCAACCCUCACUCUGCAACUCCAAAUCCAUCUUCUGUUGUUGCAUUCCCUGCUAUUACCUUGCAACGUUCGUAGAUAGCUGCCUUGGGUCUUCUCAAGAAUAUCUGCUAUCUUCUAAGCUCGGUAGGGCUUGCUACUUUAUUGGUUGCCACCUGCUGCUUUUACCUUCCAUAUCUCAUUUGAUGGCUUUGGAAUAAUUGUUGUUUGCGACCUUCUAACUUCGCAAGCAUUGUAUCAUCAUCAUAAUCAACCAAGCUUUUAUCCAAAAAAAUAAUUGUUGGCGUUUGUGGUGAUACAAUGGACAGUGACGCAUCAAGUAAAAAUAAUAGAAAAAAAAGAAAGCAGAUUCUGAUGGAGAAAAGAAGGGAUUGUUGCAAGGGUCGGUUUGCAUCGAUAAAUGAUCCUUCAUCAUCUUCCAGAAAAAGGACAUGCAACGAGUGUGAGCCUGCAUUUUUGUAUGGCAAUAUUCAUCGUCCACCACCUUCGCCAAUCAUAUGUGUGCCUCCUGGUUUUCAUAACUUGGUUGCUCUGGAUUUGGGUUUCCCAAAACGUACCUGUCAAUUCUGCAGGGCUAUCUUCUGGUAUGCAGAGCGACUAAAGUCCAUUAAAUCUCGAGUUCCAGUAUACUCUUCUUGCUGCAGACAAGGUCGUAUAAAACUUCCACGCUCUAGGGAAAGCCCGCAGCUCUUGCAGCAACUGUUCGACUAUAACGGAGGCAGAUCUUCAAAACUUUUCCGUGACAACAAUAGAGUGUAUAAUUCAAUGUUUGCAUUUACCUCAACUGGCGGUAAGAUUGAUCGUGGAAUUAACAAUGGUCAAGCGCCUUAUGUGUUCAAGAUCAAUGGUUAAAACCAUCACAUGAUUGGAUCAUUGCUCCCAUUGGAUGGUCAAAGGCCUCAUUUCGCACAACUUUAUAUCUAUGACACAAAAAAUGAAGCUGCAAAUAGGAUAUCCAGUGUUGGUGCCUCUGCUCUCCAUGGGACAAUUGAUGAAUGUGUGGUUUCUCAGUUAAUUACCAUGUUUGAUGAAGUUAAUGAAUUAGUGAAGGUCUUUCGAAAGGCAAGGGAUCGGUUCUCAGCGGGGGAAACCCAUUCUCUUUCAUUGGUAUUAUGUGGCAAGCGCCAUCAUGAUGAAUUAUAAUAUAAUGCACACUGCAGCUGAAAUGGCAUGGUUGGUGGUCGGCGAUCUGGGCCAUGCUAGCCAACAACGCGAUAUCAUUGUCGAGUAUCAAAGCGGGCUGCUAAAACGUAUAGAUGACUUCCACCCUUCCUUUAUGGCCAUGCAAUAUCCUCUUUUAUUUCCAUACGGAGAAGAUGGGUAUACGCUGAAUAUUCCUUAUCAAUUUUGUCCAGAUAGGCCAACAUUGAAACGAGGGAAUGUAACAAGGUGAGAGUAUUACGCUUAUGUGCCGCAGCAAAGAUCUUGUGAUGGAACAUUGCUAUUGAGGGGCGGAAAAUUGUAUCAGCAAUAUAUUGUGGAUGCGUUUACAUGCAUUGAGGAUGAGAGGUUGCGUUAUAUUAGAUUCAAGCAUCAACAAGAACAUUUUAGAUGUGAACUAUACAAGGAUGUGCAAGAUGCUUUUCUUCGGCAUGAUGUUUUAGCGAGUUCAGUAGGUCAAUGCGUCAUAUUGCCUUCAAGUUUUACUGGUGGACCUCGGUAUAUGAUUCAGAACUACCAUGAUGCCAUGGCAAUUUGCCGGACAUGGGGCAACCCAAAUUUGUUUCUAACUUUUACAUGUAACGUUAAAUGGCUUGAGAUCCAGAAUGCAUUGAGUCUUAUCCCUGGUCAAAGAGCAAAGGAUCGACCCGAUAUAGUCUCACGUGUCUUUCAUAUGAAACUUGAUGAAUUUAUGGCUGAUAUCAAGACAGCAAACUAUUUUGGCAGAGUUGUCAAAGUUGUUUACAUAGUGGAGUUCCAAAAAAGAGGCUUACCUCAUGUGCAUGUUAUAAUAUGGUUGUAUGAGGGUGAUAAACCCCAACUAUUGCUGAUAUUGAUAGGAUAAUAUGUGUAGAGAUCCCAAAUAAGGAGACUGAACCUGCUUUAUAUGAUGUUGUUUCAAAAUUUAUGAUACAUGGACCAUGUGGUACAGCU